AUGUCCGAAACUGCGGUCACUCCAGCGGUCGAGUCCUUUUCUCUCACGACCCCUUCCGGCGAUCUCGAGCUGCUGACCUGCAUUCCUCCUGGGAAUCAUAAGGCACCUAUACUAUGCCUCCAUGGCGCGUUUUGCUCGGCUGAAGAUUAUCAAAACUUCCUUACCUUUCUCGCAUCUCAUGGCUAUCCGACUUACUCACUAUCGUUACGUGGCCAUGGCAAAUCAUGGCCGAUGUCGUGGGUAACACGAACCCUCCUUACGUCGUUGGACAACUAUAUCGAGGAUAUCAUGGCAGCGGCAGUUUCUAUCAAGGGGCGACAUCCUGACGCACCGCCGAUUGUACUUGUUGGGCACUCUUUUGGUGGUGGACAUAUGCAGUACCUGCUUGCACAACGGUCGCAAAGCAACUCGUCACCCGUUCAAUUCGGUGGAUUGGUUCUAUUGGCUGCGGCGCCUCUUUCCGGUGGUGGAAAAGAGAUCAUGGCCAAUUGGGAAAGAGUUGAGGCUCCCGAUGGGUACAAGUACCCAUGGAGUCCCCGUUCACAGCUCGACACGCUGGACCAAGUUCGAGCAGCAUUUUUUCAACCCGAAACUCCUGAAGAGACUGUUACGCGAUGGUUGUCUGACUGUAAGACGGAAAGUGAAGGCAUUCGGACGGGGCUUAGCGUGUUCUGGUCAUUUGGAACAGCAAAUGAUGUCCUGAAGAGUCUUGUUGGGAUAGAAGGUCAAUCAGCGCAGUCGCGCAAGGUCCUACUCAUUUCUGGAUCCAAUGACCGUCUGGUAACCGCUUCUAUGGUUGAGGAGAAUGCUAAAGCAUACCAUGUGGCAGCGUCGGAAUUGUCAGGAAAGUCAGAGACUGGUAAUAGUAGUGGGAUAGUCACCACUAUCUCAGUCCCAGGAUCAGCUCACCACUUGAUGAUGGAUAUUGCCUGGAAGGAUUGUGCGCUUAGAAUCGUAAACUGGAUUGAUGGAUGA